AAACACUCACCUGCUUAUUUGCAUGCAGCACAACAUACACUCACCACUUGUUGGAUUGUUUUUGCUGCUGUUUGAAAAAAUUUCCCCUUAAAUUAUCAUGCUUUGGUCCUUGAUGUUUAUGCUGUUAUUGAAUUCUUGACUCUUUACUGGGUUUGAUGAAGUUCUAUGCAAAAAAAUCAAGUUUUUCUAUUAGGACCUGUAGAUAUGGCACAUGGGUACUUUUGAUGAUCAUCUUCUUCUUCCCUCUCCUUUUUUGGCAAAAAUGGAAUUUUUUUUUCUGAAGCAUGUCUUGUAGGUCCAUUGAAAUUCCACUUGAAUGGAAAUAUUGCCAACUUAUUUUUUUUUUAUAAUGAUGAUAGAUAAGUAAGAACUAAGAAGAGAUGUGUGUCCUGAUAACAUGUUUUGAUUAACUUAUUUUUUCUCAGAAUCAAUUCGGGGACGGGGAGUUUCUCAUACAAAAGCUACUAGUGGCACACACUUCCACACACAUCACUUCUUAUCCAUCAUCAUCUAUCUAAUUGCUGUUGGUCCCACAUAAUUAAACUUUCAUGCUCCUAUGUACUCUAAUUCUGGCGCCUUACUAAGUCAGAUGUUGAGAUUUUUGACUUUUUCCCAUUUAUCAAGCCUUAUCCUAUUGAAUUAUAGUUUUUAAAUCAUUUUUUCAUUAAAACCUUUGCAUGAUGUGAGAAAUGCAUCCAACUUGAGUUAUGUGGUUUAGAGAAUGAGAUGCUGUUCCAUCAGGAAGGCGUCUACGCUACCCUUUUGGCUGGUUUUGAAUUCUGAAGCAUCCUCUAGUGGAAUAUCCCCCAUAUUCGUUAUCAUAAGUGUUCAUAAUCACAAGUUGUUGUAUUCUUCAUUGAAGCUUACACACUUCCUUCCAAGUUUCCAUUCUAUCAAUUUAUGACCUCCAAGUUUGAUUCAUAAAUUCAUAUAGCUAGAAGAUUUUUCCACUCUGCAACCUUCCAAACUUAAUUUGCAGGACUCCUUUGUACAACUGGUGAAUUUUAAGAUAAAGCUUAAGAUUCUUUUGCACAGAAUCUGAAUUGCUUUUGUCUCCAGGUCUAUCUGCCUUUGCAGAAAUAUAAACAAGUGUAGAAGUUAUAAGUAUUAUUGAUAAGGUUUCUGCAGCUACAAUGGCAGGGAUAAACUUUGAAGCCAAACAUAUUGACAGCCAUGAUGUUCUGAAAAUACUUGCAGCUGAAGGUGUUGAGUACCUUUUAUCUUGUGAAGGGAAGGUACCCUUGUCAGAAUGCGAUGGGAAAGUCAUCUGCCUAUUUUUCUCUGCCAACUGGUGCAGGCCUUGCAGAGCUUUCGUUCCCCGUCUGGUUGAACUUUAUGAAACACUGAGAAAGAGGGGAAUAAAUCUAGAGAUCAUCUUCGUCUCCUUUGACCGCGAGGAAGAUGGAUUCAAUGAACACCUCAAGAGUAUGCCAUGGUUAGCUGUUCCAUUUGAUGUAAAUUUGCAUAGAAGACUGAUUGACAGAUACCAAGUUGAUCAAAUCCCAUCAUUCAUUCCACUAUAUUCAGAGGACUUAAUUGUUGAAAAAAACUUGAUUGAGUGCAUUGAGGAUUAUGGUGCUGAUGCAUUUCCUUUCACAAGGAAGAGGCAUGAGGAAUUGAAAGCCAUAGAUAAAAGGAAGCGCGAAGAAGCAAAUUUGGAAGAGCUAUUGGCACACGAGGGACGGGACUUUCUGAUCUCCGGAGAUGAUAGAAAGGUACCUGUAUCUGAGCUAGCUGGUAAAACCAUAGGUCUAUAUUUCUGUGCCUACUGGUCUCCUCCAAGCCGUGCCUUUACCGCGCAACUUACAGAUGUAUACAACAAUCUCAAGGCUACAAAAGGCAAUUGCUUUGAGAUUGUUCUAAUCUCAACAGAUAGGGACCAUAAGGAAUUCAAUGUCAACAGAAGUAGUACGCCAUGGCUUGCUAUCCCAUAUGAGGACAGAACAAGGCAUGACCUUUGUAGAAUCUAUGAUAUAAAGGGAAUUCCAGCUUUGGUUCUUAUUGGACCUGAUGGCAAAGUCAUUAGUUUAAAUGGGAAGUUUAUGGUAACCUCAUAUGGUGCAGAUGCUUUCCCAUUUACUGAAUCGCGGAUAAGAGACCUAGAAGCAGCUUUAAGAAAGGAAGGAGAGGCUUUGCCUCAACAGGUUGAGGAUGUCAAGCAUGAACAUGUUCUGAAAUUGGAUAUGGCCAAAGCAUAUGUGUGUGAUUCCUGUAAAGAACAAGGGAAGUUCUGGGCAUUCUCGUGUGAUGUCUGUGAUUAUGAUCUUCAUCCAAGUUGUCUCGAAAAGGUCAACAAAGACCAAGAUUGGUAGAGAAUAGAACCACAGAAGUAUGCAACAAGUGGUAUUGAAGAGCUACUUUGUGGUGAUGGAAUUCAACUUGUCAAACGUAAGAAACUCAUCAACUGCAUACCUUUCUUUCCUAUCAGUCUAAGUUGAGAGUAUAAUUAGUGCAUGUUUGGAAACUACUCUAUAAUUGAUUCUGAAGCUUGUAUCAAUUCUGUGAGUACCUUCUAGGUUUCAGAAUCGAUUCUGAUAAAAGAGAAGUUGAUCCAAUUAUGUAAUUACUCUAUGCCAGAAAGGUUAGGCAAUGCACUUUAUUUAAAAGAAUGUAUGGCUUAUAUUUAGAGCAUGCCUGUAUAAUAUUUUUGAUA